AUGGAAUUCGCCCAUGACUUGAAUGGAGACAAUUGUCGACGUUUGCGUCAACGACUCUGUUCCCCGGCUGCAAGCACCGUUUCGGAGAACAGUGAAGACGCUCAGACGCUGUUGGAAAGUGACUUCGACUCGUCGGUCCACGACAAGUCGGAGAAUGGUGACGCACCACCAUGUGAGGGACAUGACGUCUCACUUGCACCGCUCUCGAUGGGUACAGUCGACAGCAUCCAUGCUACUAUCGUGCAGUCCCCCACUGAAGCAAGUCGUACCGGAAUUAGCUUUCGCUUUACCCUCACAACUCAGGAACACGCGAGUAAGCGCCGAUCUUCACGUAAUGUGGUCGAAGAUGAGACCCAAAGGACGAUACCUGGUGGUAACGCGCAAGCCCAACGAGACGACACGUGCCAUACCAAUGCCCUCGUGGCUUCACCUGCAGUGCGACGGACUGCAACAACGACAAGAUGGUCAUCAUUGAAGACUAAUGUCCACGAACAGGGUUCAACGUCGGGUGUAUAUCGGAAGCAAAAAGCUGCGAGACCUCGUCAGUCAUCAACGUCAGCAGUCAACCGCCUGAUUCCAAACGCUACGCGGAACAUCACGUUUGCCAUGUUACAGCCGCAUUUCGAGCGGCCACUACAACAAGCGGCCGACAGCUUUGGCGUCUGCACGACCCUACUGAAAAAAAUCUGUCGACGGAACGGUAUCGACAAUUGGCCGCAUCGAAGGAUCCUUGGACUGCGCAAGAGCAUCGUAUCGAUGGCCAAGCAAGUCGAGCACUUUGACGGAGAGCAAAAGCGCACGUAUGCUAAUCAGCUACAGAAGCUCACGCGCGAACUCGAGGCGUAUAUAUGCACGGGGAACGAGCCGACGCAAGAGUUCUUGCGAACGCUCGACGUAGAGACUGCAGUAGAGCAGCAACUAAAGGACGCGACGGUAAGCGAUCUGCAGGUGAUUCCCGUCUGGUCAUCAAGAACGAGCCUCGAGAUGUCCUGCGAUAGCAGUGCUCGAAAUGUUUCUGAACCUUCGAUGCCUAGCCGCUCUCUAAGCUCAAUGGAUCGUGCGGAUCGCACUACGCAUGGACUACAGCUACAAGUACCCGCGCCAGCACUACAUCAGCGAGCAUUGCCAUCAAUUGCGUCGAUCCUGCAGCACCAGAGCUACUCCAGUCCAAGCCGUGCAGCCUCAAGUUUGAGUACAAUCCCAACAAGCGGCGCUUCGCACUGUACAAAGACCCCGCACCAAGAACCAACGUGGCAAUAUUUGCCUCCUGCGCACGACGAGACCAAGUAA